AUGGCUCAUGGUACAGAGCCCCUCCUUCCGCUCGACAUCACCGAGGCCACCUUCACCCUUCCUGAGAUCUCAACUCGGGUUGGCACGUCCGACCUUAUUGCUAUUCGCGCUCGCCAGCUUGCCAAACGGGAUGAAGACCUGCAACUCAUUCACGAUCGCGUUUUGAAAGCUCGAUACUCUUCCAUUCGUGACUUCGAAAAACGUUUCAAGAACACUAUACACGACUACGACUUCGCACCAGGAGCACUCGUCCUCGUCCUCAACAAGAAAAUCGAGCCCGCUUCCAACGCUAAAUGCAAACCUCGCUAUUUCGGACCCAUGCUUGUUGUCUCGCGCUCUCGCAACGGCUCUUAUCGUCUCGCCGAAGUCGACGGCACCCUCUCCAAGCUCAAGUUCGCCGCGUUUCGCCUCAUUCCGUAUCACGCUCGCUCGUCUCGCGAAAUUCAAGUCACCCAGUUCGUUGAUCCCGAAGACCUCGCUACUGCCAAUGCAGACGAAUCCGACCAGUUCUAG